UUUGACCAAGUUACCAAUAUCGCAGACAACAAGAUGUCACCAUUGUACAAACCCUUCAUCAAAAGCGUGGAAAACAACACGAUCGGCUUUAGUGAUACAGAGAGGCAAACAGUCAUCGACAGAGCAACAUCCGCCAUUGCAUCAGCUCUGGACAGCUUGAGGGAUCUGAAAUCGUAUCUGACGAAUGACUACACGACUCGUUCUGGUAUCGGCGUCAGUUCAUUACACAACGGCGGGGAGUACUACAAGGCGUGCAUGAAGGCGUACCUCUCACUGGACACCACCCCAGAGGACGUCCAUGAGACGGGGAAGAGGGAGGUUGCUCGGAUAGAACAACUCAUGAUGAAGAUAAUAACCAAACAGGGCUACAACCUCUCCAUCAGGGAAUACUUCACUGUCGUCAUGAAUCAGUCCCAAUAUUUCUACAACACAGGGGGAAAUUCAUCUGCAAUCUUACAAACCACGCCUUCGUUUAAGGGAGAACUACUGGAGGCCUACAGGCAGAUCAUCAGAGAUGUCGAUCCUACCCUCACCAAACUUUUCAAAGACUUGCCAGGCCUUUCCAUCAUCGUGGUGGCGAGGGCGAAUGAUGGGCCACAAGGCUCGUAUUCUACGGGGACUGCUGACGGCCGUACACCAGGAACUUUUACGGCAAACGUUCUGAGACCUGGAGAUAUACCAAAAUUCGGCUUGAUGGCACUAACAUUGCAUGAAGCAAGCCCCGGUCAUCAUUUACAGGUAAUGGUCUAUCAACUGCUAAAACCACUGCCAACUUUUACAAUAAAUGGCAUCUCAAUGAGCUGACACACAUCUGCCAAAAUGCAUACGUAAAAAUUAUUCAAAAGCUGGCACACCUCUGUCAACAUUUACAAGUAAUUAUACUUCUAAUUUUG